UGUCACCGCCCAACAUGCCGCUGUCGGCAAUCCAAAAGGUCGCGACGGCCCAGAAUGGUGUCGGCGCCUUCGUUCUCCCUUGCAAGCGCAUUACCCUCAGAUACUGCGACUGGGCCGGCUCUUCGAAAGGCAUGAACGCCUACCUCAAGACCCAACUUGGUUUCUUUGCGAAGCGCAACCCUCAGAUCGAGAUCCAGGUCUACAAAAAGGCCAAUGACCACCCAGCGAUCACGGCAUACUACCUCAACGGGCAUCAAAGGUCGGUCAACGUGAAGAACUUGGCACCGGAGGAGAUAAGGGAGAAGCUCGAGCUACUGCGGAACUCCAGCCCUGAGAAGAACAAGAGGGUGCCAGCGAAGCCCGUCACCAGUAUCAACGAGAACGUCAGGGGUAUAUGGGAUCCGUUCCAUGGAGCGAAGAUCAAGAUAUAAAGGAUUUUAUGGAAUGUGGGGUGGCAGCUAUAUCUCGAGCAUAUCUCGUUAUAUGGUGGCUUGAUUGUAUAGAGCAUUGCAAGGCGUUUCUGGGCCAGGUAUGUACAAACAUGUACCAAUGUGUGCAACACUGUAUCAAUACACACGAUUCGAAAGUUC